AUGACGAUUAAGAAUUCAUCAACUAACGAUAAUAUUUAUCAUCUUGCCAAUGCUAAAAGAAAUGGAUAUUAUGUAUUGGGCAAAAAUAAUUCUCAACUUGUUCGAGAUCAAUUAGAUCUUCUUGGUUUCAAUCGAUACGAUUCUUUGCCUAUUGGUGGUGUUAAAUUCAAUUGGAUAACACGUGGUGCUGAUAUUGAUUGGACAACAUUUGAUUCAAAUUUUCAAAUUCUUAAUCAUAUUUAUAAUGAAAAACAAUUGUCGAAUAAAGGUUUACUAUUAACUAAUUUAAGAAAUUAUGAAAUAAAUAUUCUAAAAAAUAAUCGUUUUAAUGGAAUAAAUACUAAUAAAAUAAGAUUAAAAUCAUUAUCAAAUAUUGAUAAUUAUUUAUCGUUGAAAACAUUUCUACCCGAAACAUAUUUACUUGAUAAUACAAAUGAUCGAAUUACAUUUAAAAAAAAAUUCAAAGAAGGUUCAACAUGGAUUUGUAAACCUGUAGGACUUUCAUGUGGACGAGAAGUAUUUAUCUUUCGUAGUGAACAACAACUUGAAAAUAUCUUAAAUGAAUAUCAUAAAAAUACUCGAAAUAAUCAUUAUUGCACAUUAUAUUAUAAUCGUCUUGUUCAAAAAUAUAUUGAAAAUCCAUUACUUAUUAAUAAACAUAAAUUUGAUAUUCGCACAUAUUUAUUAUGUAUUUGUAUAUCAAAUGAAAUUUUAUGUUUUGCUGCACAAACGGGAUAUCUUCGUUUGUCUAUGUAUGAAUAUGAUUUAGAAAAUUUGAAUAAAUUUAUUCAUUUAACAAAUCAAAGUAUUCAAAUAAAAAAUAAAGAUUUUUCAUCAGUAAAACAUAAUACUGGUAUGACAAUGGAAGAAUUUAAUGAAUAUUUUAAUGAAUAUAUUCAACCAAAUAUGCCUUACAUUAAUAAAGAUUGGGUAUUGAAUGAAUUACCUGAAAAAAUUACAAAAAUUCUCAAUCAAGUAGUUGAUUCAGUUAGAAAUAAACUAUCGAUACGUGAAGGAUGUUUUGGUUUUUAUGGAGUAGAUAUUUUAAUUGAUGAAGAACUAAAUUGUUGGUUACUUGAAAUUAAUAGUGGACCUACAUUAGAUAUGACCAAUUCAGCACUGGAAAAAAUUAUUCCAAUGUGUCUCAAUGCAGCUAUCAUGAUUGAAUCUUUGGAUAAUUAUCGUUCAUUAGGCUCAGCAUUUCCUCUUCGCAGUUCAAACCUUUUUAAAUAUUUGUUACCAUCAGAUCAUGUUGUACUAUCACCUAUUAUGUCGAAUUUUAUUCCAAGUUUUACAUCUCCAAAUAGCUGUUGUAUUGAUUUAACACCAGGAGUACCUGUUUCAUUUCAUCGUUAUCGUCAAUUACCUUCACGUUCAUCUUCAAAACCACUUAAUCAUCUUUCUAAACCUAUUCUUGAAAAAAGAAAAUCAACACUUAUUAGAAAUCAACGUCAAUUGAUCAUUCAUAAUGUUACAACAAAAAUCGAUCGAGAACAUUGGUCACAUCAACUUACUGAAUUCAUUCACAUGAAUAAUAAACCAAUAACAUUAAACAAUAAAUUACAUGAACAAGAUUCGAUAAUUCAUUCAACUCUCAAAUGA